AUGAAUAUUUCAAAUUUAAGAGAAUCAAACCACGAAACCAAGCAAGAAGGAUCUAGUGAUGUCUGCAAGAUUGUACCUAAACCAAACUUAACCACAUCGUCAUGGUCCAGAUUGAAAGAUCCAAGAAUUGUUCGAGUUUCUAGAGCUUUUGGUGGAAAAGAUCGACAUAGUAAAGUUUGUACGGUUAGAGGGUUAAGAGAUCGGCGAGUUAGACUCUCAGUUCCCACUGCUAUCCAAUUGUAUGAUCUUCAAGAUCGUUUAGGACUCAACCAACCUAGUAAAGUUGUCGAUUGGUUACUUGAUGCAGCUAAACAUGAAAUCGAUGAACUCCCUCCUCUCCAAAUCCCACCAGGAAGCUUCGGACAAAAUCUUCAAGCAAUGCUAAGUGCUUGUUCACAAUCUGAAGAGGUUAAAAGUAAUGUUAAUGGUCUGAAUUGGGAGGAUUACUGGAACCCUGAUAAAUCUAAAGCAACUGCACGAGACACCAGUGAAGAUGGCGAAAAACUUGAUCAAGAAGAUGAAAGAAACAAGCAUGAUCAUCAUGGGACAUUUGUUCAAUCUAGUAAUUUCUUCGGAAGAAACCCUAAUUCUUCGAAUUUACCAGCGUUACCCUCCAUUCCGUCGGGAUCUCAGGUUCUUCUGUAUCCUCCACCACAACCACCGCCUCAAACACAGUCCUAUUUCCCUUCACACAAUCACAACUCCGGUGAGUUCGAUCCAAAACAACUAAACUUCCAAAUGCUCAGUUCUUCCUCAAGUUCUAAUUUCACGCCACCUCUCUACACAAUAAACCAAGGGAUGCGACCGUUUCAUUUAAGCAUGAACCCUAAGUUUUUUUCUUCAGAAGAUCAUGGUGGGCAUGAACCACACAAAUGA